AUGGCAACGCACGCCGCGCGCGCACCCCUUCCGCCGACGCACUUCGCGUCCGACGCACACGCGCACUCUCGCUCGUCGACUUCCCCGCCCGCACAGCCGCGCAAGCGGCGCCCGCACACGCGCACCUCGACGGGGUGCCGCGAGUGUCGGCGCCAGCGCAUCAAGUGCGCCGAGGGCCCUGUGUCCGCGUCGAGCGGGCGCAAGGUCGUGUGCCGCCGGUGCUGGGAGACGGACAAGCAAUGCCACUACCCCGUCGGCGGGCGUCUGCAGCGCGGCAAGGGCGCAAGCGAGGACAUGUGGGAGGCGGCGGAGAACGUGCAGCAGUGGCCCGGGAGCGCGGCGCUCGAGGCCGCGCGCGAGGAGUGGACGAGACUCGCGGAAACGUGGCUCCAGGCGCAGGUGACCAACAGCGCGCUCGUCGAAGGCAGGAUGAAGGUCGAUAUCACGCCGCGCGGGUUCGUCGGUGUGCAGCCCAAGCGGCGCCGGGCGAAGCACGUCGACGUGGGUUCGAUUCUUGACCCCCCGCGCGCGCCGCUCCCGCCGACCGCGCCGGCGGUGGGCUUUGGCGCGUCCGAGCUCGUCCCGCCGCCCAUGUUCAGCCCCGACGCCGGCUGGGUCGCGUUCGAGCUGCCCCCGCUCUCCGAGUCGCCGGGGAGCGACACCAGUUCCUCGGCGCACGCCGUGUUCCCGACCGACGGCAGCGCAGUGUUCCCCCCAAACGACGAAGGCACGCUCGACGCCGUGUUCGUGCCGCUCGCCGACGAGACGGUCCAGCUCGUGGCCCCUGAGGCCGCGCUCGCACCAGUGCCAGUCGACCCCGUGGCCAUCGUGCCCCUCGCCGACGCCUCGCCGCCCCUCGGCCAGGCUACGUCGCUCGUGCUUCCCGACAUUGCGACAACUACGGCGGGCGGCGACACCGCCGCUGCUGCCGCCGCUGCCGACGACGACAUCAUCGACCUCACCUCCCUCCCCUCCGAGUCGCUCCAGCUCGCAGUACGCAACAGCAUCAUCGCCGAGUCCUCGCCCGACCUCGGCCCGCCCGACUCGGACCUCAGCUCCCUCCUCGAGAAGCUCGUCAACCCUACUCCGGCAUCACUCCUGUCGACCUUUUCCAUCGCCGGGCUGUCCGACUGCCCGCUCAGCCGCUCCGCAGUGAGCUACUUUGAGACACAGGGCUGCAUCGAGAUCGUGGCGACGAGCAAGAUGUCCCACAACUGGAUCUACACGCAGCUGUUCCCGCGCGCCCUGGCGAGCCUGUGCUCCCCCAAGCCGCUCAGCUCGACGGGCAAGCCAACAGUCCACACUUACAUCCGCGACUACCUCCACUCGUCGCUGCUCCACCUGAGCUUCGUGCACCGCGGCAACCUCGAGAGCGAGGACGGCAAGAGCUGGUUCUGGCGCUGCGAGGCCGCGCGGAGCAAGCAGGAGGCGGACAGCGCCAUCCUCAAGGCCAAAGUCCUCUUCACAGGCCCGCAGUGGAAGACGCAAGAGUAUCUCAUGGCCUUCUUCGUCAGCUCGAUGGCGCAGAUGCUCGACGGCGGCACGCUCGAGAUCAACCCGACGACGGCGUUCGAGCUGCCGGACAACGAGGCCGACAGCGAGUUCGCGACGUGCCUGCGCGACUUUAUCGCCGUCUACUCGGUCGUGCAGUUCACCUGCACGCCCGUCGACGCGAUGCCGCACGCGCCCGCGCCGUUCACGGUGCCGCGCGACGGGCCAGAGCUCGUCGAGCAGUUCUUCGGCUUCACCCGCCGCAUCGUGCGCAUCAUGUACCGCAUCAGCGUGAUGGUGUCGCGGCGCUACAUCCUCAUCCGGGCGGGGAGCGACGCCUCGGCCCCGGGCGUCAUGCUGCGCUCGGAGGCUACCGCGCUGCUCGCCGAAAUCUCCGACCAGUGGGACUGGGACGAGGCGAAUUUCGACCCUGGGCGCAGCGACCGUACCCAGCGCGGCAACGAGGUCAUGCGCGCCGCGUGCAUCGUGCUCCUGCUCACCGAGGUGCUCGAGACUGAUUUGGGCGACGAGCGGAUCACAAGGGAGCGCGAGCGCGCGAUGGAGCUCGUGGGGGACGCCGAGCCGGCGACCAUGCCGGGGUUCCUGUGGGCGUUGACCAUCAUCGGCGUGUAUACCCGCGACAAGGACGCCCGCGCCGACCUGCAGCACACGUCCCGCCUCGCCCUGUCCAUGUCGUACGGCGCGUCCUACCGCGGCUCGGACGACAUCAUGGCGCUGUGCUGGGAGGUGCUCGACACGUGCGGCGCGUACGAGGACGGCAUGGCGCCGUGGCGCGAGGCCAUGCACACGUUUGGGCGGAACAUGUGGCUGUAG